AUAAUACAUCCAGCCGCUUAAAAAACGAGCGAGUUUCAAUCGCGUAUUUGGAUAGGGCUGCAGACAUACUGUACCAAGUUGCUAGCGGGGCUGUUUGUGGAUUAGGGCUCUAGUGCAAGAAAAUGAUAUGAUCUGAUUAAACGUGUUAGGGUUGUGGCAACAUUUGGUAUACUAACGACCGGUCAAAACGAAUGACUUGUGGCUUUUGAGACUUCAUUUUGUUGUUUUUUUUUCAGCGUGUGCAUUUAUAUGUACCAAGAAAACGUAUCAUUCUGCGAAGUUACCGGUUUCUUUUAAAUAUUUGCCGUUUGAAAAGUGGUACAGACGUUUUGGAUUAAUUUUCCAACCAAAUAACAAAAUGCAUCGUUUUCAGGUCAUGGCAAAAAGGUCUUUGAUCGCAGGUGUUUUCGACCACUGCUCGUGUAUUGUACGAAUGAAUGCUGUGAAAACACCUUGCAGUAUACAGCCCUUGAAACACAAAAGACACGUUACUGAGCUGCAAGGAGUUAGGAGGCUGAGCACGGCGGAGGCAUCUGUAGCAGCCAGAGAAAAUGGCAAAAUUCGCGAGAAAACAUUGACGAUGGAGACUAUGAACCCUCAGAUAAAGACAGUGGAAUAUGCGGUGAGGGGACCUAUUGUCAUCAAAGCUGGGGAAAUUGAAAGAGAGCUACAAGAGGGUGUGAAGAAGCCUUUUACAGAAGUAAUCAAAGCUAAUAUUGGUGAUGCCCAUGCCAUGGGACAGAAACCUAUAACAUUCCUACGCCAGGUCGUUGCUCUGUGCACAUGCCCAGAGCUGCUAGACAGCCCUGCUUUCCCAGAAGAUGCCAAGAAAAGAGCUCGUCGCAUUCUCCAGAGCUGCGGGGGAAACAGCUUAGGGUCAUACAGUGCAAGUCAGGGUCUAGACUGUAUCCGAGAGAAUAUUGCACUGUAUAUGGAGCAGAGAGACCGAGGUGUUCCCGCCAACCCUGACAAUAUUUACCUCACCACUGGCGCCAGUGAUGGCAUUGUGAGCAUUUUGAAGCUGUUGGUUGCCGGAGAAGGGCUCUCUCGCACUGGGGUGAUGAUUCCAAUUCCACAGUAUCCUCUUUACUCCGCCGCCAUUUCUGAGCUGGGGGCAGUGCAAGUGAACUAUUACCUGGAUGAAGAGCACUGCUGGGCCCUGGAUGUGAAUGAGCUUCACAAAGCUUUAAGCGCGGCUAGAAAGUAUUGCAAUCCUAAAGUGCUUUGCAUUAUAAAUCCAGGAAACCCGACAGGUCAAGUUCAAAGCAAGAAGUGCAUUGAGGACGUUAUUCAUUUUGCUUACGAGGAGAAACUUUUCAUACUGUCAGAUGAGGUUUAUCAGGACAAUAUCUAUUCUCCAGAGUGCCAGUUCCAUUCCUUUAAGAAGGUCCUGUAUGAGAUGGGGCCAGAAUACUUCAACACAGUUGAAUUGGCUUCUUUCCACUCCACCUCAAAAGGUUAUAUGGGCGAGUGUGGCUUCAGGGGAGGUUACAUGGAGGUGAUUAAUCUGGACCCUGAGGUGAAAGCCCAGAUGGUCAAACUGCUUUCAGUCCGCCUCUGUCCUCCAGUGUCUGGCCAGGCAGCCAUGGACGUCAUCGUUAACCCCCCACGACCUGGUGAACCUUCGUUUGAGCAGUUUAUCCAGGAGAAAAACGCAGUGCUGAAUACUCUUGCUGAGAAGGCAAAGUUGACGGAGAAGAUCCUGAACACACUUCCUGGGAUCAAGUGUAACCCUCUGCAGGGAGCCAUGUAUGCUUUUCCCAGGAUCUUCAUUCCUCCCAGAGCAGUGGAAGAGGCCAAGGCAUUAGGUAUGCCCCCAGACAUGCUGUACUGUCUAAAGCUACUUGAGGAGACUGGUAUAUGUAUUGUGCCUGGCAGUGGCUUUGGACAAAAGGAAGGAACCUACCAUUUCAGAAUGACAAUCUUGCCACCAACUGAAAAGCUUAAAUUGCUACUUGAGAAAGUCCGAGAUUUCCACAUAAAAUUUCUACAGGAGUAUUCGACCCUGGACAGCACUCCAAGAUGAACUGUCACAGGAGAAGAGAGCUGCUUUAGUAUUAAUUAUCUGAAUAGUCCAAGUCUGAGAACACUAAGACUACUAACAAUAGAAAAACAUUUUAAUAGACUCCAUGUUAAACGUUUUUUCCCUUACGCUCCAAAGAAUGCCUGACAUACUGUAAUAUUGAAGGACAUCUGUGCCUUGGUCAGACAUUGGAGUGUGCUGUAAGUGGAUGAUAAGGUAAGUGGAUUUAAGGAAAAGCAUACAUUUAAUAGUUAGUAUUUGGACAAUUCGAACACUACAUUUUAACUCUUAUCACCUGCGCUUGAUUGAGCUGUAGGUUAAAACAUCUAAGGAAAAUUACACAAAUAAUUUCUCUAACUUGGUUCCACAUUUUUAAUCACUCUGAAAAUAUUUUUUAAUCUGUUAUCUGUUAAUUUGUUUGUUGCACUGCCUCAGACUCCUAAAAUAUGAAUCAACGUUUACCAAACGAAGUACUGUCAGUAGUUUUUAUUUUAUUUUACUGGAUCUAUUUAUAAAAAUAUUUUUAUAGAGUUUAAAAAGUGCUGUACCUCUCAGAAUGGUGCCAAAUCCUUUUCUAAAACCUUACAAUGUACAGUACAUUCUGAUACAGCGAGCAUCAGCUACAACUUUUAAAUAAAUUGAACAAAUAUUGAAUGUUAAUGAAAACUUACAGUCUUAAAAUAUAAACGAUAAUCUUUACCGGAAUAGUCAUUUAUAUUUUAAUAUUUGUUUACGAUAUUUGAAUCGCUUCUUUUUUUAGCAUGCCUAUUAAAAGUGCUUUAUAUGAAAUUCUUGAGGCAUGUAAAACUUCUUUACUGCAUACCAAGAUAUCCAAAGUUUUCAGCUACGAUCCAAUUUAUUCUUUCAGGAAGUCAGAUGUGUUAUAAAGGAUAGGUAUGACUACAGAAAUGUGUACAUAUACAGAGAGGCAUUAAAACGCAAAUAAGUACUGGAAACAACAGAAUUUGUUGAGUUUUAGUAGUUUUUGGUUUACAAAACUGCUGAAAAAUUCUGAGUGUGAACGAUUGCCCCUCAAUUUAUAAUUGUUUUUUUUUUCUGUUUUGCAUGCAUGACAUAAAUACACUAACUGUGAAAGGUUUUUCAGGGGACUAUAGUCCUUUUUAAUGUUUAUGACUGGAAAAAGCUUGCAAAUGGAUGCAAAAAUGCAUUUGCAAAUUUGUACUUGAUUUCAAACGUGUACAUAAAAAUUCUGCACGUGGAAAAGGAUAUAAAAAGUCUUCUGUAACAGUAUGUUUGUCUAUUCCUGUUAAUACGUUCUUUAAAAGCAGUCUUCCCAACCACAAAGCCCCAUUCUCCCUAGUUACUAAUGCUGCAGACAGCAUAAUUAAAAGGUACAUUCUUUUAAAUAUAGGUUUAAUGUAAUGAAAUGCUUGCACAGUCAUGACUGCACACCUGGAUAUGAGAAGAAAUGGUUUCAAAUCCAAAUAUCUCACCUUUAGGAUGUGAACAGAUAAGGCAAUUGUAAAGUACUCUUCACUCUGUUCUCACACACCAUUUUUAUAAAAAGAAUGCUGGUCAGGACAUAGUGGGAGGAUACAAUUUCCUGAACUGCUUAUUGUAAAUUUAUAGAGCAAUGUUUACAAGAACUAAUAAGCUAAGAUGUGCUUCAAAUUGACCUGGUUUUCAAAUUGACUCAAAGGUUUUCAAAGAACCAAUUGUGUUUUAUCCUGGUUUUCUACAUAAAACAUUGUACAGUCAUACAAUGUUUUAUGGACCUGACACAAAUGAAAGGCAAUUCAAUGCAAAGAAAUCGGGAUUUGCUACAAUGAUUGCCCCGUUCCAUUCAAUGUCAGGAAUUCUGUAUUUCUUCCUGUUAUUCAGUGUAUUCUGAAAAACUAAGGUGCCUUUAUGUUCAGUGUAGAAGCAUUAUAUUGAUUGGUUGAGACAUAGAGCAUUAAUUUUGGUUCUUUUAAUUCACAUCAAUUGUUACUGCAAAGGCUACAGAUAGUUACUCUAGUAUAAAAGUAAUAUUUUUACAACUUUAUCUGUAAACCACUCACUACUUUUCUACAUUGUCGCAGUUUGUUAUGGAGGAGUGGCAGUCUGAGGUUGUGUUCUUGAACAGGAAAAUUAAAAGUAAAACUUAUCACAGAUCAGAAAAUGGACAACAUUAGAUAUUUGGAUAACUGUGGAUUAAAUUGAACAAAAACCUACAGAAAAAACGAUGAAUAAAAACUUAAUUUCCUAGGGCUUAGAAAAAUCAGCAGGCAAAUGUCUUAGAUUAGUAUGCCCUGAUACUAUUUCCUUGUUCAUGGGUUGCUUUUUUAGAUUGACUGUUAUACUGCUGGAGAAGCUUAACCUUGCUUUCUGUUUAUGUAUUUGUCUGUACAUGUUUAGAUAAUUGUAUCUUAAAAUUAUUUUUUUUUUACUUAAUAUUUGUAAUGGGGUUUUUGCAUUGCUUCUAUCAGUUGUUUUGUAAAAUAAAGUUUUUGCUGAUCAUUUGCUUUCUAAAUCAUUCUGAAAUGUUGUUCUUUUUUCCUUUGAACUCUGUUUACUCCUCGGACUGUUGAGUAAAAACAAUGAAGAUUUAUUAAACAAAACUGUUGUCCAUU